AUCUUGUUUAUAAAUUUGUCUAUCGAUCGAAUUUUCUUUUUCUUCAACCUCCAAAGCUGUUUCACGAAUAUCAUCAACUCGAUAAAAAAAAAAAAACGAAGUUCCUUUUGUUUUCGCGAAAUUCGGGAUUAAUAAUGAGCGAAAAAUUUUGUAUUCCAGUCUCGAUCGCCAAUUUCGUUUGCCGUGCUUCCACGAAAGGGUCGAAUAAUCUAGAAUUUAAACAAAGUUUCGAAAGAAUAGGUUGGAGAACACGAAAGGAGAAAACGAAAGGAGCAGGCUCGAUGACGCACGCUCGAUUACUUAAGGAAAGUCCAACGACUUCUUCUCGUUCUCGUCACUCUCUUGCUCCUCCCUCGAAACCGACUUGUUCCGGAUCCCACAUCCGGGGACCGCUUUCACUUUCGGAUUUUUACAUGCUCCCUUUUCUGCCCCCGCACGAAUCAGCCAACCUACGAAUCCUUCUCUCCUCUCACUCCACGAGCCUCCUCGAGCCGAGUAUAUAAAUAAAGAGGAAAGAGACGCGAGCACCGAUCGUCUCUAAAUCCAUCCUCCAUUUUGCAUUUUGAAUUUACGUCAGGAGAAGGAACUGUUCAGAAGAAUGCGACUAGUGCAAUUGCCGGUAACGAAAGGUUGCGUGGUGUUGUUCACGCUGUUGGUACCGUGCCUGUCGGUCACAUUCGAGGAUGGAAGUUCCGGAUCCGAGGCACGCGAGAAUCACGUGGCGGAAGAACAGGCGGCGAACAAUUUCAACAAGACGCGGCAAGGGAAGGGAUUGUUCGAUUGGUUAGGCGUGGAUCGAGACGUGGAUCCUUACGUGGCAAAGACGGAUCAAGGAUGUUUGAACGGCGAUCUCGCGGAAUGCUUCAAAUCUCAGGCUUUGCGUUAUUUCUCCGAUUUCUUCGACCAGCCUCGCUACGACAUGAACGAGCGCGUGAAGGUAGUCAGGAUGUCGAGUAACGUGGUGCGGCAGGUCGAUCGUCAACCGUACGAAUACUCCGGCGAAGCCAGGUCCACCGACUCCGAAUGGGAUCAACUGAUGAAGUUCGCCCUAAGAAAAAUCGAAAAGUUCGUGAAAACGGUGGCCAUAGAAUUGCACGUAAAUUCGGAAGAAACUGGAGAGAACGAAGUGUACGCGCCACGAUUCCUGGACGAAAUCGCCGACGAAAUCGAUACUCUUGAGAACAAGAAGGAUACCCUUUUCUCUCGUAAUCAAUUCAAGAGACUUCUCAUCCCCAUGCUGAUCGUGUUGAAGCUGUUCAAACUGAAGCUGCUCUUGUUCCUGCCUCUGAUCCUCGGUCUGGCGUCCUUCAAGAAGUUUCUAGGCUUCCUCGCGAUCGUGAUACCCGGUUUAAUCGGCUUCUUCAAACUUUACAAGCCGUUUACGCAGACUUAUCAUCCACCCGUGUACACUCAAAGCGGCAUAGCUUACCCGUAUCACAAGGAAAACAACGGUUAUCCUUAUCCCGGGGAACAUCACGGCCCUGAGUAUCCAAUUGGAUAUCACAGAGAUGCCUAUGGGCAGGAACUUGCUUAUCGAGGCUAUCGAGAUUACCAGUCGUAAAUUUUUUGAAAAUUUUGCUCCAUGCUCGCUCUCUUUUUUUUUAGAUUAUACGAAUACGUGUUGACCUGAUGUUGAUGAUAGUAUUACGAUGAUAUUCCGUACAAUGGUACAGUCUUUUGUAGUAUUACGUUCGGAAUUGUAUCGAAGAAAUCUUUGCAAAACUGUUUCAUUGAAAAUUU